GGAAGAGGCCGGAGAGAUCAGCACAGCAGGGUCCUCCAGCUCCCAGCUCCUGCCGCCGGUGCGGCGGCGGGACCGAACGCACAGCCUGGGGGCCGAUCCGGGACGGCCGGACCUCCCUGUGCAGGCAGGGCCCGUGUCAACGCCCCGGCAGCGGAGUCGGCCCGGAUGGCGGGCUCUAAUCCGGUUAGGGGGGAUUAGCGAAGAGGUUUAAAGGCCGGAGCGGCACGGAGAACGGGUGCGGGCGCGCCGGAGAGGAAGCGGUCGCCGCCGACCAGCGGGGCAACUCGGACGGCAGCGUUGUAGACGAUGCCAGCCAUCAACAUCGAGGACCUGAGCGAGAAGGACAAACUGAAAAUGGAAGUGGAGCAGCUCCGGAAAGAAGUGAAGCUGGAGAGGCAGCCGGUGUCCAAGUGCUCCGAAGAGAUCAAGAACUACAUCGAGGAGCGGUCGGGCGAGGACCCGCUGGUGAAGGGGGUUCCCGAGGACAAGAAUCCCUUCAAGGAGAAGGGAGGCUGUGUCAUCGCUUAGAAGAACGGCCCCUGCGCCUGCCCCCGGAGCAGACAUUGCUCCUGUACCCCUACGGAGUCACUAGCGUGUCCCUACCGCCACCGGUCCGUGUUGAACGAGCACAGGAGCGGAUUUCUUGUUAUUUUCUAUUUCUCCUUACAAAAAUACAGAAACGCACCCGAAAGCUGCCGAGAUCCGCGCAGGCCGCUCAGCAGGGCCGGCUGUGCCCUGCUCCCCGGCGGGCCCGGCUCCUGUCGCUGCGCGGGGCCCUUUCGCCACCCGCUUGUCGGUCGCUUCAUGGCUGUUCGUUGGCAUUAAAGAAAACCUGCCCGUAA